GAAUGCAGCAAAAAAAUAUGCAUUCAAUAUUGCUUUCUUUGUGGUUCAUUCUCAUUGAAGGUGUCAUUCAAUUACAGGCAUCGCAUUAUCAUUGGGUUGUGACAGAAGCACCCUACACUAGACUCUGCGGAACGAAGUCUAUUCUUACUGUCAAUGGGCAAUUUCCAGGACCAACGAUCUAUACACACAAAGGCGAAACAGUUGUAGUUGAAGUUGUCAACAGAAGCAAACAUAACAUCACCCUUCACUGGCAUGGAGUGAAACAGCCGAGAAAUCCAUGGUCAGAUGGACCUGAGUACAUAACUCAGUGUCCUAUCAAACCAGGAGGGAGAUUUACACAAACUGUGAUCCUGUCUCUGGAGGAAGGGACUCUUUGGUGGCAUGCUCAUAACGAGUGGACAAGAGCAACCGUCUAUGGUGCUAUCAUAAUCUAUCCGAAACCUGGAACUUUUUAUCCUUUUCAAAAGCCUGAUCUUGAAGUGCCCCUCCUAUUAGGAGAAUGGUGGAAGCGAGACAUCUUUGAGAUCUACGAGGAGUUUCGUGCCACAGGAGGAUCGCCUAAUGUAUCAGAUGCCUACACUAUAAAUGGCCAGCCUGGUGACUUGUAUCCAUGCUCUAAAGCAGAAACGUUCAAAGUCCGAGUACAAUAUGGAAAAACCAUUCUAUUACGUAUAAUCAAUGCUGCCGUAAAUCAAAUUCUCUUCUUGGCUAUUAAAAAUCAUUCAAUCACAUUAGUUGGCACGGAUGGAGAGUACACCAAGCCUUUUACAAGUGACUACAUAACAAUAGCCCCCGGUGAAACCAUGGAUGUUCUAGUUCAUGCUAACCAGCUCCCAGGCCGCUAUUAUAUGGCAGCUAGAGCAUAUUCAAGUGGGAUUAACGUUGAUUUCGAUAACACCACAACCACAGCUGUUAUAGAGUAUGAAGGGGUUAAUCUUAACGCGUCUUCAACCCUUUCCCUCCCUUACCUCCCAGCUUAUAAUGACACCAAUGCAUCUUAUUCUUUCACGAGUAGCUUAAGAAGCUUAGCUAGUAAAGACCAUCCUGUAAAUGUACCCUUAAAGGUGAACCACCGAAUAUUCUCCACUGUCUCAGUUAACGCGUUACCUUGCCCUGCUAACCGUACAUGUGAGGGCAUAAAUGGGACAAGAUUUGCUGCAAGCAUGAACAAUAUAAGUUUUGUUCUUCCUGAUAUUGAUAUUUUACAGGCUUAUUAUUACCAUAUCAAAGGCGUGUAUGGUAAAAAGUUCCCAAAGUUUCCUCCUCUGCCAUUUAACUAUACUGCUGAAUUUCAAGAUUUGGCACUAGAAGUAUCAAAACAUAGCACCCAGGUGAGGAUUUUUAAGUUCAAUUCCACAAUCGAGAUAGUCUUGCAAGGCACCAAUUUAGUUGCUGGACUAGACCAUCCAAUGCAUAUCCAUGGACAAAGUUUCUAUGUUGUUGGCUAUGGAUAUGGUAACUUUGACAAAAACAAUGACCCUAAGAACUACAAUUUGGUGGAUCCUCCUCUUCAGAACACCGUGAUUGUGCCUAGAAAUGGCUGGGCUACCAUCAGAUUCAAAGCUCACAACCCUGGAGUUUGGUAUGUGCACUGUCAUUUAGAACGCCAUGUUACAUGGGGUAUGAUGACCACUCUCAUUGUGAAGGACGGAAAAGACCCGGAAUCACAAAUGCUGCCUCCACCACCAGACAUGCCACCGUGUUGAAGAUGCUACUCAACCAGAUUAAUUAUCAGUUUUUGAUGAUCUUAAUAGAACUCUUGAUUUUGGAAUUUGUGGUGUUAUGUUAUUAUCUAUGGUUAGUCCAUUGCAACUGGCA